UCUGGCAUUAACCAACAUAACUCCAUUAACUUCUCUGCAGCAGCAUCAAGUUCCACCAGCUGAGACCCUGAUCUCUCUGACAGGCACAGAGUUUUGUAAUUUUAGGGUGUUGCCAGGCUAUACAAAACUAAAGGACCAUUGUUUGAUUGCCAUCAUUUUGAUUUGCUAACAUGUCUUCCCAUUCCUUGGAUGAAUGCUGUAUUCCACGUUUGUGGUUUGUGUUCCAAUUCUUUUUUCUUUUUCUUUUUUUUGAUCUGACCCGCACCUCCUACACAAGCUUUCAGCAAAAAAUGUCUCAAUUGUUUAAGCUUAUUGGAGCCUGGGAAUCAUACAAGUGAACUGUCAACCACAUUUUAAAUCUGGAUCAGGGAUUUGAUCUCUUUCUGGUUUUUUAUGAAAUGAUUUUUCAACCCCAAAAGCAGAAGUGCAAACAGGGACAACUGAGGAUAAUCCAAACUCUGUAUGUCUUUUAUUUUGAUAAAGCAGCCUUCCACUUUAGCUACCCUCCAUUUCUCCUGCUGAGGAAAACGAGAGAUCCUUAAAAGUCUUGGAAAGAAAAUCAUUGUAACCCAGCAAGCAUAGACAAGGUCCUUUUCUGCAGAGCUGCUGCUUAGCCAGUCAGUCCCCAGCCUGAGCAUGGAGCAUUCCUGAGUGGGAAGAUCAUCCAGCCACGAGGCUCCUGUAUAUAACAGCAGGAGCUAGUGACCAUGGACAACAAGGAGCCCUAGAAUCAGGGCCUUUCUUUCUAUAGACACCUCAGGCCAUACAUGACUAGAGAUCAUCAGGACAAGAUGAGGCAAAUCUCUCAUUCUCUCCACUCCAAACAUCUCGAAGACCAGCACAGAGACAUGGGGCAGCGUAAAUCCAAGAAUCAAUGCCCUCGUGAUUUUAUCACGGGUUUCAUUUGAACUCAGCGCCCUAGCUCUGGCAUCCUCUGAUGAGGCAGAAAGCUGUGAAAGAGGACUGUCCUUGCACACAGCAACCCCAAAAUGAGUGAAAAGACCACCCUAAUUCCAGGAGAGAUACCAGCAUCAUCUGGUCCCACCACACCACGCAAGGGGCCUCCCAAGUUCAAGCAAAGACAGACAAGACAGUUCAAGAGCAAGCCUCCUAAGAAAGGAGUGAAAGGGUUUGGGGAUGAUAUUCCAGGCAUGGAGGGACUUGGAACAGAUAUCACAGUGAUCUGUCCAUGGGAGGCUUUCAGUCAUCUGGAACUGCAUGAGCUGGCCCAGUUUGGGAUCAUCUAAGUCACCGGAGUCACUGCUGGUCCUAGCAACUUCCAGUGUUUCAGAAAGAUCUUCAUCAAUGUUGACACUUUUUUCAGCUCUUCCAUCCACCUGAUGACAUUUUAUUGAUCAUGUGUAGAAGGGACUUUGUGACACUGAGCUAAUUCUGAACAAUUCCUUCUCAGAUUAACUUGGCUAGAAGUUAUGAAGGACCCUGAAUAACCAACAUGGUUCAUCAGAUGAACUUAGUGGGGAUAUUUAACUACAUCUGAAUGCUCUGUCUUCUCCCUGGUAUAUUCAACAUGUUUGCGAUAUCAACCCUGUAUCUUAGGUUACUUCGUGUGUGGAUUUUUAUUCUGUAUCCCCCCAGCUACUUGAGAUACUGUGUGUAUGUGUACUCUGUUUAAAAUCUUACUCUGUAUUGCCACUCUCUCAUUGACAGGUGAUGUUGUAUUAAGCUUUCUUAGAAUGUUCUCCCGUCCAGGAUUUCUCUGGACACAAGAAAUCCAACCAAUGUAAUGAUAUUCCAUGACAUCUGGGCCAGUUGUCCAUUAUUCUCAGGAAUGUGGAAUAGGUUUUAAGAGUCAUCUGUUCAGCCAUUUUAGCACCUUUCAAUAGAAAAGUGAACGUGAACUCUCUCCCUUGGAUAUCCAUAAGAAAUCAUUAUUAAGAUUCAGUUUAUCAACAAGAGGAAAGAAGGGACUGGGAAUAUUGUAUCUACCCUGGAUUAUCAACAGGUUAGUCAAGUAACCAUUAGAUUUCAGUUAUUACAGUAAGGACAGAUGAAAGCCUGAAUGUCCAAGAUCACUAACCAGUUUAAGAAGAUGAAGUCAAACUGCAAUUUGUCACUUAACAGUGACAUACAGUAUAGGAAGAAGAUUUGUUUUAUUCUUAUAAUCUGUCUGGGGAAAAAUUGCUUGGUCCCAAUUUUGGAUCUCACAAUAAGUUUAAUGAUCACCUCUCUCAUCGGUGGGAUUUUUUUCUUUCUUAAUUAGGAACAUGUCAAGAGCAGUCAAUAUUAUAGUAAUUUUUUUUAAAUUUAGACUGACAGUCCAUUGGAGAAAAAACCAAGGUGUUGAUACUCUUCUCUUUUCUAAAAUAGUGCCAUUCCCUGUCAGCAACUGCUGGGCUAUUAACAAAGUUCCCUUUUUAGAGUUCGGGAGACUAAAAAUAAAGGAAUUAAAAAAAGAUACUGAAAAGGUUCCUCUUCUGAAUAUUAGACAGGCACAUUCCUUUUUACCAACAGAGUACAGCUAAUAUGUCUCAUUCUUAAAGAGCCUAAAAUUAGCACUCUCCUUAACAUUCCCAUAUUUGGCUGAAUACCUGUUGUAUACAAAUUUUGGGUCACCUUUUCUUGUUCCUAUUUGUUUUAACAUGUUUACAAAGGCACAGUUUGAAUAAAAGAAAUAAUACGUAAU